GCAAGCAACAUCUCUCCAUCAGUCUGUGUGUGGGGGGGGUGUGAGAAAUGUCGGACAGAGAAGAUGUCUCUCGGUCUAGGGUCUCGAGGCGCUGCUGCUUGCUUGCAGCGUAGUAGACUGGUGGUGGUAGUGGUGGACUUGUUCGUCGCAGGUUCAAUUUUCUUGUUGCUGGCUAUGGUGUGUGUAUUGCUGGAGGUCAAGGAAAUGCUAGGUUGUCGCCCAGCAGACGAAGGAUCGGUAUCCGAAGAAAAGGACUAGUAGGAUACAAAGAGAGAGAGAGAGAGAGAGAGAGAGAGAGAGAGAGAGAGAGAGAGAGAGAGAGAGAGAGAGAGAGAGAGUUGUCUGGGAAGGGAAAUAGGCCUGGUCUGGGAGUGGAAUGAGGCCUGGAGAUGUCCGGGCGAUGAUUGCCUGUCCCCACCUUCCGCCCCUUCCUGCUCGAGAUCUUGGUCGCCUCCCCCCGUUGGCUGCGAAUUGCGCAGUCUGUAGUUUCUGGCCCGUUGGCUGGCUGGUAAAGAAACGAGAAACUGAAAGACGGAAGGAAGGUCAGGUUUGCUCACCGUCUUGAACGACUGGUAGGUUAUGGUUAUGGUCCUCCAUGCGCACGAUGUUUCCCUGUGCAUUCACUUCUUCUUCGUCUUGAAGCACCCUGGCAAAGGUAGGAGUCCGAGUGCCUGUCCGAAGCGCAGUGCCGUAGGUGAGUGGCAUUGGCAGGGACGCCCGCGAGGGGGGUGUGGGAAGGGGGGGGUCUUAUCUUUUUCUCAAACGGUCAGUUGAGCUUCCGCUUCCCCUUGACGAGUAAAAUAUACCGUACGAAGCUUGAACGAAGCUUUUGGAUGAUUAGUGAGUGGAGUGCAUAGAUCUCUCCAUCUCUCUCUCUCAAUUAGGAGAACGUCCGGAUCUUGGUGAUAUCGGGAGUUAGGUGGGAAGACACAGAGAGAGAGAGAGAGAGAGGGGGAGGGGUGGUGGUGGGGGGGAGGAGUUGCUGGCGACGGACCGCCUGAGGUAAAGAAGAAGAAGAAGAAGAAGGAGAAGAAGGAGAAGAAGGAGAGGAAGAAGAGAUAGGAGUCGUCGAGGAAAAUGCCAGGUGCGCAGCUACUACCGAGAAAGCUGAACGAGCAGCAGCAGCAGCCACGUGUAGUGAGCAACGCGCGUAUUGCUGGGCAUGACGGUGUGGUGGGGGUUCUGCCGUCAGCGAGGGAGGCAGACGUGCUGCUGACGAAGGCGAAGCUUCGAAUAUGCGCGAAGCGCGGGAGGGUGGGGGGUGGGGGGGGAUAUGUGGAUCCCGAUGCGACCGACACGUCAUCUGACGAUGAUGACGUGGCAGGCUCUCUGCGAUUCGCGGGCCUCGAGUAUCCGGGAAGCCGUAGGCUCGGUCGUGUCGCCGGUGGAGGGGGGCUGAGCACGGAGGACAACUUAUCCUCUUCGUCGGAGGAUGAGGAGGAACUAGGACUUGGAUUGUUUCGCGCGGGGGGAGGUGGCGGUGCGUGCCGUUUUCUCGUUGGAGGGGGCAGAUCGGGGACCGGGAUCGGGGGACUGCACGUGAACCCGGCCUGGUGUCGCGCAGCCGCAGGAGCUAUGGUGGCUGGGGGAAAGGAGGGAGGAGGAGGGGCUGGAGUGUUAGAUGCAAUAGGCGGGGGCGGAGGGUCGUGCGCAGGCGCUCCGAAGCCGGGGAAGAACGGUCGCAAGCGCGCAGCGAGCGUAGUCGCCGGCGCAGGGGGAGUGCUUGUCAAUAAGUCGUUGAAGAUGGCCAAGGGCGGCGGUGCUCUGUCGCCGGGGAGGGCCCCAGCUGUCGCAAGGGGCGCCGGCGGAGCUGCAUCAGCUGUCGAUGGUGUUGUUCAUCGUUUCCGCGGGGUGCGGCAGCGGCCGUGGGGGAAAUGGGCCGCGGAGAUCCGCGACCCCUCCCGCGGCGUGCGCCUUUGGCUAGGCACAUACGAUACUGCGGAGGAGGCUGCGCGCGCGUACGAUAAUGCGGCUAGGAGCAUUCGGGGAAGAGGAGCGAUGACGAACUUCCCUCUGCCAGGUGACCUGGAACUCCCUGUGCUCUAUUCGAAAUACUCGUCAUCGAAUCAGAAUCAGCAGCAGCAGCAGCAGCAGCAGCAGCAGCAGCAGGCUACGCUGUACAAAAAGCAGAGCCAAAAGCAACGGAGGAGGAAGAGGGGGUGUGGGGGGGGAACGGAGGGAAAGAAGCAGCAGGAGGAGGGGGAUGGGGAGGGGGAGGGAGAAGGUGAAGAAGAUGAGGAAGAUGAGGAUGAUGAGGACGAUGACUAUGGCGGCGUACAGGGUCUCGCCGAGGGUAGCGGUGGUGGUCGUCAUCGUAAUCGCGGUUCCCUUCGCGGUUCCCAUCGCAAACAGCCUGAUGAGAAGGAGAGGACGUCAACAGCAAAUUAUUCCACGACGACGAGCCUGUCGUCUCGUCUUCACCAUCGCCAGCAAUCGGCGUCCCAAGCUCAACGCCCCCUUCCGUCACUGUCGGGAUCGCGAUCACCAUCAUCGCUGAAGCAGCAACCGCAGCCUCUGAACACGACUGGUCAGCAGCAGCAGCAGCAGCAGCAAAGAGAGCUAAACGGGAGGAGAGAGGAGUCGAGCAAGCCAGGUGGUGAUGUCCUUGAGCUUGUCGGCCGUGCGCGCGAGGCCGCGGAGAUGCCUACAGCGGCCAUUUCCGUAGCUCCCAAGGACAAACGUCAUCGUCCCCGUCAUCAUUACCAUCAUGAUCAUCAUGAUGAUGAUCGUGAUCAUCAUCAUCAGCACGAGCAGGAGGAGACGACAGGAGGGGUCGAUCCAUCUAAUCAUCGGAAAGAUGACAGCGGAAUGACAGUCUCAAGUGUGGCUGGCCCGCCGGUCAGCUGCGAUUCUUGCGCUGAUAAUGGGGGAGUUGGAGGGGGAGCGGCAGGGAGCUGCUGCAGCGACGAGCGGACGACGGGCCCGCAGAGCAGCAGCUGUGAGACGACAGGCAAGGCAGGGUCGUCCUUCGGCGGCUCUUCGGCGAUGGAAUCGACCUCGAUGUUCCCGAUGAAGAGGAAGAAGAACAAGAAGAAACGAGUAGGAGGCUUAAGAGAGGGCGGGGCGGAGGUAGGCAACGAGGAAGAGGGGGAGGAGAAGAGGAGGAUAGAUGGGUGCGAGUGUGGGUCUGGUUCUGCUGACGAGAUGACGAUGACGCAUACUCGCAGCGCGGUUUGUACGAGUAGUUGUAGAGUAGAGGAUGAUCGAUUGUCUCUGCUGCGUCCGCAGGCACAAGAUGAUGAUGAUGAUGAUGAGGACGAUGAGGACGAUGAGGACGAACAAGAAGACCGAGGAGGAGGAAGUCGAUGGCGUUGCACCGGAGGUCAGGCACAUGGUCCAGGAUCAUCAUCAUGUCGGAUAGAAGGAGAAGGAGAUGGCACUGAGGAGGCGCUCUUCUUGGGUAGAAGACGCCUUCUUGGCUCUCAGUCUUCGUCGGUGUUCCGCCAUCUGGAGCUCCAGCAGACGCACGCCGAACGAGUACCGGAUGAGUCGUCGUUAUUACAAAGUCAGUUACACGACUGUUGUCGUUCGAUGGAGGAGGUAGAGAUGGUUUCGCCCUGUGUAGGAGGGAGAGGAGGAGGAGGAGGAGGAGGAGGAGGAGCAGGAGAGUAUGGAUUAUCGGCUUCGCAAUGUGAGCAAAGAGGAGCAGGAGGGGCAACAGGAGCAGACGACGAAGGGGAGGAGGAGGCGGGAAUCUUGGGAGCGAGAGCAACAGCAGUAGGGACUACGGUAUUAGGAUCAUUAGGCGAAGUGUAUGAUGACGAUGACGUGGCUAAUCGAGACAGACGGCUCGAGUGUUGUAUGGGUAUGGUAGUAGAUAACGACUGUGUAUCGUCGACGUGUGUGUCCGCAAUGGACGCGGAACCAAUAGCGAUGUUUAUGGAGGAAUUUUCGGCGGGAACCUCCUCAGAGUUCUUGCUGGAUAUGUCCACGUCAUCGUUAGACGUGAUGUCAUCUCCUCUCUUGCUGUCAUCGCUUCCGCUCUAUGAUUUGGGCAUUCCUGACAUCGAUGACGAUUUCUCACCGCCUGCCGUCUGCGUCGGGGAAGGCGGGGUGGGGGGCUUGAUCGGGGGACUGUGGGGAAUGACGGAGCUGGCGGGAGUGGGGGCGGCAAUGGGCGGGGGGGACGCGGGCGGAUGUUUUGCUGUGUGACUGUGGUUGGUGAGUGGGGGGGGGGGGGGGGGGGGGGGGGGGGGGGGGGGGGGGGGGAAGGGGAGUGUAAAGGGAGCAGCAGCAGCAGUAGCUGUGGUGAAGAUGGGAGAAGAGAUGAGAUCGAGAAUGCAUGGAAGCAUGCAUGUAAUGAGAAAGAGGCGAGUUGUAGAUUAUCUCGUGAUAGGUUUGAUUGACUGGUUGAGAUUUGAAAUGGCGGCUGAGAGAAGGGAAGAGAGACGAGAGAGACGACACGAGAGGAGAGGAGAGGAGGAGAGGAGAGGAGAGAAGCAUGGAGAUGGUCGACCAGGGUCGCUUGCGAUGUCGCCUUCGUCAGCAAUGGAUAGGUAAUGAGCAUCGUUUUCCUUUUUGUGAUUGAUUGCUCCCAAGUGGCUGGCAUCGGCGAGUGACCUGAAGUUUUGUCGCCGUCCGCGAAUUCGACGACAGAGACAGUGAAGAGAGCGAGUGACCGAGUUAGCGAUUGAGUUUCAGAGAAUUUUCGAGGGAGAGAGUGCGUAGAGCUUGUGCAAUUAACCUGUUUCGCUUUCCAACUCACAGAGAGAGAGAGAAAGAGAGAGAGAGAGAGAGAGAGAGAAGUAUAUACUAAGGAUUAUGAAAACCUGUUUUUUUGGGUAUGCAGUUGACGGUUGCGGCCGGCUUUUGGAUGGGCAAUACCCUCCUCCCGUCUCCUAUAUACUAUUGUGUUCGGUUCUUUCUUUGUCUGGUCUCAUUACAGAGAGAGAGAGAGAGAGAGAGAGAGGAGAGAAAGAAUAGGAUAGAGAGAGGGUGAGGUUUAUUGAAAUCCCCUGCGUUUUCUUGGGACUUAAUUUUCUUUGGGCGUCUUGUGUUAUCAGAUGACACGGCGCGAGUGACCAAUGGCCUAUGAGCUAAGUGAGGUCGGUAAUAAGUAAGUUAGUAGACAGAAGGAUAGAUCUGCUCCCACUUUCAGUGUGUGGGAGAGUUGAGAAGAUGGAUUCAUCUUCCCCCGGCUCCCCGUUGUCCCGUUUCCCCCUGCUCGCUUGUGUCCGAGCAAAGCGCGCGCGAGUGUAUCUAGUGUGCAGUCGCCCCCCUCCCUCCCCCCCCCAACACCCAGAGUGUGUGUGUGAGUCAGACACAAAGAGAGAGAGAGAGAGAGAGAGAGAGAGAGAGAGAGAGAGAGAGAGAGAGAUGUUGCGGGAGCAUGUUGCACAAAUGAGUUUAUCAAAGUGAGCGAGUAAGAUAGACUACUUAGUUAUCAGACAGAUACACAGAGAGAGAGAGAGAGAGAGAGAGAGAGAGAGAGAGAGUUGGGGAAUGAGGGAUUGAUACCUACUUCCAUCAAUUGGUGGGCAGUGUAAUGAAUCGAAAGAGAUAAC